AUAACACGAAAAGUCGUUCCGGUCGUCGCACGAAUAAAUCUCGAACAUCCGUUAGAUGCAUCGGCAUGCGAUGAGAUCUUUGCGCGAUAUAUCUUGCAUUGUCGCCACAUAAAUUUGCCCUUGACAAAUCCCCGUGUGAUCAAUCUCCCCGCUCCGAGCAUCUUGCUGCAGCCUCGAUCUCCUCUGCACACGACACCGCGCCCAGGCACGCACACAUAUACAUCAGCCAUGCCGCGAACGACGCGCAAACGGGCAAGUGAGCCCGCUACGAUGCCAGAGGUGCCACGGAUUGAAGAGCAAGAUGAAGCAGUCGAAGACCAGGAAGAAGCGAGAGAGGACGAGGACGAAUUGGAAGAAGUCACCGGCACAGGCCACGGCGGCAACGUCGAAACUCUGAAGUUCAACCAGACGCUUAACUGGCGUGCUGGCAGGCCCAUUGCUGUCUCCGAACUCCUGCGCCGUCUCGAGACACUCGCGCGCGAACUCCAGAGCUACGAACAGGAUGAAGUUGCGCCCGAGUCACUCCAAACUGCCGCGAAGGAGCUCGCAAGUCCGCAAUUGUUGCAACACAAGGACAAGGGCGUGAAGGCGCUGACAGCCGCUUGUAUCGUGGACGUGUUCCGCUUAUGUGCGCCAAACGCGCCGUAUACUCAGCAGCAGAUGAAGGACAUAUUCAGUCUGAUCGUCAAGGAGAUCAUACCCGCACUUGCAGAUCCGUCCAAUGCGUACAACAGGCAGCAUCUGUACGUGUUGAAGUCGCUUGCAGAGGUCAAGUCCAUAAUCUUACUCACGGACACACCCGGAGCAAAUGCGCUCAUCGAAAUUCUGUUCAAGGAAUGCUUUGACGUGCUGGGAGGCCCGUCGAAGAGCAGCUCGAGCGAGGAGCUCAGCAAGAACGUGGAGCACCAUAUGACAGCUGUACUAUCGACGCUCGUUGACGAGACGGACGCCCUACCGAACGAGGUUACGCUGAUCAUUCUGUCGCAAUUCCUGAGGACAAGUCCCAAGGCUACGGAGGCAGCGAAGGGUAAGAAGGCAGUGACACCAAGUGAACACCAGGGCACACUGCUACUGCUGCUGAAAGAGGCGCCGCCGGCGUACAACAUGGCCAAGAACAUAUGCAAUGCGUCGCAAGACAAGAUGGCGCGUAACAUCACACGGUAUUGGAGCGGCGUCGUGGCUGACGCGUCGACAUCACUGCACAGCGGGGGAAGACUGAGCUUGAAGAAAGGCAAGAGGAGGACGAGUGAUGAGUUAGACGACGAGGAUGACGAUGUUGCACUUCAAUCCGCAGUGGACAUGGAAGAGAUUAGAAAGGCGCAUGAUCUGCUGCGGGAGCUGUGGAGGGCCACUCCCAACGUUCUGCGCGACAUCAUCCCGCUGCUAGAGAAUGAGCUGUCGGAGGAAGAUUUCCAGAAGCGUCAGCUGGCCGUUGAGACUGUAGGUGACAUGAUCGCCGGCAUUGGCCACGCCGGGCCACCAGCGACUACGCAACUGAAUCCCGCUGCAUACCCUUCACAGAGCUUGAUCGACCCUUCGGAACGGAUCAAAGUUUAUGACUUCCUUACGACGCCGACGUCACCCAUUUCGUUCAUAACUCGCUAUCAUCAGGUCUACCAAGGGUUCCUUGCCCGGAGGCACGACAAGUCGGCUGUGGUGCGCGCUGCCUGGGCUUCUGCUGUUGGGAGGAUCAUUCUGACCUCUGCAGGAGGCGUCGGUCUCAGCGUGGAAGACGAGCAGAGCCUUUCCAAAGCCUUUGCCGACUGCCUAAUGGACGUUGAUGAGAAAGUGCGGCACAACGCCGUCAAGGCGAUUGAGCGAUUCGACUACGAAGACAUUAUUCAGAAGCUAGGCAAUCUCGGGGGCGUGGAUGACGAAGGAUCGAUACUUGGCAAUCUCGCUGAGCGUGUUAAAGACCGCAAAAAGGAUGUACGAAACGACGCCUUGAAGCUGCUGGGCAGGAUCUGGGGCGUGGCUGUUGGUGCGAUCGGGCAGGGCAGCGAGCAGACGGCAAAAUUGUUCGGUUCGAUACCGUCCAAAAUCUUGUGCACGUACUACAUAAAUGAUCUUGAGAUCAGUGUAGUAGUCGAUCGCAUCCUGUUCGAAUCGUUACUCCCGCUAUCCUACCCACCAAUCAAGGGCAAGCCCAUCUCGAACGGCAACUCUCAGCGCAGCACUCGACACAGCCAAGGAGGCGACGCGCUCGAUGUCAACCCGGACAAGCUACGCACCGAGCGCAUCUUGCUGCUGGUGAAGGGUCUCGACGAACGCGCCAAGCAAGUUUUCUUCGCCCUUGCGAAAAAACAGAUUCAACUGGCUAGAUACAUGCUCUCGUUCCUUGAGGCAUGCGAGAAGUAUAACGGUGGAGUCUCCGAGGACGACGAGGAAGCAGCCGAAGCCAGACUUAAAAGGCUGAUUGAGGCACACACGAACUUCCUACCUGACGGUGCACGAGUCAUGGACGACAUGUGGAAGUUUGCGAGGACGCACGAUCGACGCUCGUACUCGUUGAUUCGUUUCUGCUUAGCCGCCGAGAGCGACUAUAAAAAGGUCAAGAACGCAUAUUUCGAGCUCACGAAGAAGCUGGAAGAGGUGAAGAAUGCGUCACCGACGUUCGUGGAUACAAUGACGAUUUUGGUGCUUAGGGCUAGCGUCCUUUUGUACAACCGUAGUCACGUACAACCCAUCAUCGAAUUCUCGCGCAGCGAUGAGAGUGGACUAGGUGAAACAGCGCACGAGGUGCUUAGUCACAUUUCGAAGGACAAACCGGAAGUCUUCAAAGCCCACGUGCAAGAGCUCUGCAAGUCGCUCGAGGCGGAUGCACCAUCAGCAAAGCGUGCAAACGAGCCUGGCGCUGUCCAAGAUCUCAAGGCUUGCGCACAGUUUGCGAGGCAGUUCCCAGCAGACGUGCCAAAGGACCGGAAAUUCAUCCAGGCGCUGUUCAGCUUCAUCAAUCAUGGCACGCCUCCUGAAGCGGCCAAGUAUGGUGCCCUAAUCAUUCUACUGGUAGCGGACAAGAAGCAGAUGUACGCAAAGGACAUCCUCAAGCAUUGCACCGAAGGCUUCGAGUAUGGGAAGGGCAACUUUCUGAAUAGACUGGCUGCAUUGGGACAGCUCAUGCUGCUUGGCUCGGAACAUCUCGAUGAUGAGGACGCGGAUGCUGUAGUGAGCAUCGCGAUCAAUGAUGUGCUUACCAAUAAGCAGUCGACUCCUGAGCCGGUCAAGGGUGAGGAUGAUCCGGAAUGGUCAGACAUUCCAGAUGACAACUGUGCGGCGAAGAUAUGGGCGCUCAAGAUCCUCGGAAAUCGUCUCCGUUCCUUCCCUGAUAACGCGGAUUUGGACGAGGCUACAAAGCCUGUCUUUACCUUCCUCAACACCUUGAUACAAAAGGGUGGCCAGAUCUCUCGAGACCAGGCUUCGCUUGCCGCUCACCAGUCCAGAAUGCGACUUGUGGCGUCGCAAAUGCUCCUCAAGCUUUGCUGCGAAAAGCACCUCAGCGCGCGACUAACGCCGUCCGCGUUCAACGGCCUUGCCAUCGUUGCCAUGGACCCCCGCCCGCAAGUACGAGCGGGGUUCGUUAAUAAAAUCAUGAAGUACCUUGGGCAGGGCAAGAUCUCAAACAAGUUCUACACGCCACUCUUUUUGCUGGGUCACGAACCCGAUCGGGCCAUCAAGUCGAGUGUUGUGACUUGGUUACGAGCACGGUCGGUGGCUAUGUCGGGUGGCAAGGCUAGAGAUACGGCUAUGGAAGCAACGUUUGCUCGCUUACUUAGCUUGUUGGCGCAUCACCCGGACUGGCCAUCUCCUCCGGUAGCAGACGUGGAGCUCGUCCAGUCAUUGAAAGAUUUCAUGGGCUACAUCCUUUUCUAUGUCGAAACCGUUGGUACCAAGGACAAUCUCAGCCUGGUUUACCACGUUGCACAGCGCGUCAAGGCACACCAAGACGGCAUUGUUAACCCUAAAAAUCAAGAACUCUUACAAACGAUAAACAAUCGCCUUUACAUGCUUAGCGAUCUGAGUCAAGGAGUUAUAAGGAGGUAUCUCGACAGCCAAGGAUGGACAUUGCAAGCCUGGCCAGGAAGAGUGAGACUGCCCGGAGCCAUUUUCACUUCAAUUCCAGAUCAUGAGACUGCACAGAGGGUUGCAAUGACGAACUAUUUGCCACGAGAUCUGGAAGAGUCCUUGGACGAUGAAGUGAGGACUGCCCUGAGAAGCAAGAAGAGGAAAAGUGCAGCGAACACAGCUGCUGCAGGCGAACCUCGUAAAAAGAUUAAGACCGAAUCUUCAGAUCGCAAGAUAAGGAAGCCCAGCUCGGCCAAGACGCCGAAGAAAUCACGUACGAACGGCGUUCACACUACCGAGGCAAACAUGGCUUCGAGUGGAACGCGACGCAGUGGACGUAUUACGGCCAACAAGAGCUACAUCGAAGUAAGUACCGAUGCAGAGUCGUCGGAAGAAGAUGAGGAGAUGGUAGACGCACAAGGCGAUAAGGAUGAGCACCAGGACGAUGAAAUGAGCAAUGCAGGUGAGGACGAUAAGGCGGAGGACUCGGGAGAAGAGGAAGCAACUCCACAACACUCCAGCCCGGCGAGAACGACGCGUAGUGCAAAACCAAUGCCCAAGAGAGCAACUCCCAGGCAGAUGAAUACCCCGAAAAGGUCUGUCGCCAAACCAGGCACCACCAAGGCCUCGCCGAAAGAUAAUGCCAAGACGACCCCAAAAGAGUCAAAAGCUGCCAUGAAAACGAAGGAGACUGUAAGACCCUUGCGUGCCUCAAGGCGCGGGAAGAAGGCCGCGGAUGAAUUCGACGUACCGGACUCGGAAUGAAUUGUCCAAUGUGGAUCUUGAAGAUGCAAGGCGCUGUCAUCUUUAACUCUAGCACAAAACGCGAAAAUUGCAACCGGUUGUUUUUUUUUUUUUUUCCAGAGGGACCAUGACACAAGUGGGACCUGAACUGUGACGGUGUUGUAUGCACGAAUGAUGAUGGAUAUCUUGAAAGCAAGCGGGCAAACCCCGCUGCGUCUGUAUCUCUAAGUCUAUCUGUGCGAUGGACGGACAGCGGUAUACCCUCUAUGUACUUUGUCAUGUGUAACAAUGCCGCGUUCCAGCAUUGCGAGGAGUUGGGGUGGAGUAAAAUCGAGGGGAUACACGCGAGCGUAAUAAUAUGUCUUUUAACUUAACAGAGCUUUUCCGAC